AUGGCACCAAUACCGACUAUACAAAAUGGAGCUGAAAGUGAUCGAAUUGUCAGACCACAAGAUCGAAAAUCAGAUAUAAUUUGUCGCGUAAAAUAUUCGAAUAAUCUUCCUGAUAUCCCAUUUGAUUUGAAGUUUUUGGCAUUUCCAUUCGAUUCUGACCGAUUUACACAAUACAAGCCAACUUCUUUGGAAAGAAAUUACAAAUUUGAAGUUCUUUCUGAACAUGAUUUAGGCGUCACAAUUGAUUUAAUCAAUAGGGAUUUAUAUCAACCAGAUCGUAAUGUAUCAAUCCUCGAUCCAGCUGAUGAGAAAUUACUUGAAGAAGAUACACACGCGCCGACUGAUACAACUCGUUCUAGGAAGCAUGCAAAGCCUGUAUCUUGGUUGCGUAAAUCUGAAUAUAUUUCAACUGAACAAACUCGUUUCCAGCCACAAAAUAUGGAAAAAGCAGAAGCUAAAGUCGGUUAUAAUGUCAAGAAUAGUCUGCGUGAAGAUACAUUAUAUAUGGAUAGAGAUCAACAGAUACAAGCUAUUGAGAAGACAUUUGAGGAAAGUAAGCAACCAAUCGAGCAGCAUUAUUGUAAACCAAGUGUCGUUCCAAUUGAAGUUUAUCCAGUCUAUCCAGAUUUUAAGAGUUGGAAAUAUCCAUUUGCUCAAGUCAUUUUCGACGCAGAUCCAUCACCAAGCGGAAAAUCAUUACCAAAUCAAAUAGAAGAAAUGAGUCAAGCAAUGAUUCGUGGUGUUAUGGACGAGUCUGGUGAACAAUUCGUUGCUUACUUCCUUCCAACAGAAGAUACUCUCGAAAAAAGACGUAUUGAUUUCUCAAUGGAACGAUCUUAUGAAGACGAAACUGAAUAUGAGUAUAAAAUGGCACGUGAAUAUAACUGGAAUGUCAAAUCGAAAUUAUCAAAAGGAUACGAGGAAAAUUAUUUCCUUAUUAUUCGCGAGGAUGGCGUUUAUUAUGAUGAACUGGAGACAAGAGUUCGACUCAGCAAGAGACGACAAAAAGUUGGAAAUCAAACUACUAAUACUAAAUUAAUUGUAAAGCAUCGUUCAUUAAAUGCUGCUGAGCAUAAAAUGCAAGUUAUGCGUGAGAAACAAUUGGAACCGACUGGUGAUGAAGACGAAGAAAUGGAGGAACCAGAAGAGGAACCUGAAAUUGUUCCUAGCAAGCAAAUCGAAAAUAGCAGGUCAAAAUCUGGAUCGAGAUCGCGUUCACACUCACGUUCUCGCUCAAAAUCAAGAUCUAGGUCAAGGUCCCCACAUUCUAAAUCGCGAUCCAGAAGCCGCAGCAGAAGUUCAAGUCAAUCAAGUCGCAGUAAGAGUGGAACUCCACAUUCACGACGAUCAGCCAGUCAUAGAAGUGGAUCUGCUGUUUCAAAACGUUCAAGAAGUGGAUCUGCUGUUUCAAAACGAUCAGGCAGCAAUAGAAGUGGAUCUGCUGUUUCAAAACGAUCAGGCAGCAAUAGAAGUGGAUCUGCUGUUUCAAAACGAUCAGGUAGUCACCAAAGUGGUUCUCGUCGUUCAGGCUCGCCUGUAUCUCGUCAAUCAGGAAGUCACAGAAGUGGUUCCGCAAAUUCUAGACGUUCAGGUAGUCACAGUGGUUCUGAUAGCUCUCGUCAUUCAGGCAGUCGUUCAGGAAGUCACAGCGGAAGUGAUUCAGGCUCAAAUUCUGAUUAA